CUUGAAUUGGUGUGUAUACUAUAUAUAUAUUGCGUUGAAUGCGUUGAGUUGAAAAUCUAACUUUGAUCAGCGAAAAUGGCGUCCGGAAAGGCAAUAGAUCUGGUGAAGAACGAACUACCCGUGGACGAGGAGUCGGUGGUGUUUUCCGGUGAUCUCCGUACCGGUCUUGUCCUCGUCGAUAUCGUUAACGGCUUCUGUACCGUUGGCGCUGGAAAUCUGGCUCCAAGAGUACCUGAUAAGCAAAUAUCUGGAAUGGUUGAUGAAUCAAUACAACUUGCGAAAGUGUUUUGUGAAAAGAAAUGGCCUGUGUUUGCUUUCCUUGAUUCUCAUCAUCCAGAUAUCCUUGAACCCCCAUAUCCUCCUCACUGUAUAAUCGGGACAGAUGAAUCAAAUUUGGUUCCUGGCUUACAAUGGUUGGAAAACGAGUCGAAUGUGACACUUAGACGAAAAGACUGCAUUGAUGGAUUUCUUGGUUCUUUCGAGAACGAUGGAUCAAAUGUGUUUGUAGAUUGGGUGAAAACACACCAAAUUGAAGUUAUUGUGGUUGUAGGUAUAUGCACGGAUGUAUGUGUAUUGGAUUUUGUUUGUUCUACACUCUCUGCAAGAAACCGUGGUUAUCUUAAGCCUCUAAAGGAUGUGAUUGUUUAUUCUCGUGGAUGUGCAACUUUUGAUCUUCCACUACAUGUUGCAAAAGACAUCCCUGGUGCUCUUGCUCAUCCUCAGGAACUAAUGCACCAUGUUGGGCUAUACAUGGCAAAAAGCAGGGGAGCUAUUGUGGUGUCAGAAGUGUCAUUUACACCAUCAAAGAAGUGAUCUUCCCAUUCCCAUGUUUAUGAUAUUUAAAAAGCUAUCAGAAUCACAAUUCAUAAAUGAUGUCACUUUUUUUUUUUCUUUGUGUAUAUGUUCCAUGUUUUUUAAACUCAGAUACAUUCUUGUACAAUGGUUUUUAUAUAUUUAUAUGGACAUACAUCCACCUUUCUUUGAUCUUGAUUUCUUAGGGCUGCUCAUACAAGAAAAAAAGGAAGACUUUUGUGUCUUUGACUUAACCCCAAAAAGGAACGACUUCAAGGGUAUUAUCGACUUACUCGAAGAUAAUUUCCCCUUUUGUUGUUGAUUCGGAUUCUUCAAAAGCCCAAAUUCCUUUUCUACCCUUUCCAAAGUCUUCUCCAAUUCAAGUUUUAUAGCAACCACAUGAUCUAAACUUGCUUCAAGUUCUUUACUAAUUUCAUUGUGUUCUUGUUUCUUUUUCAUAAUUUCACCUUGGAACUUUGCAGCCUCUUCAUGGCUACUGAACUUAAUUCCCUCCUCGAUAUUCGAUAAAUACGCGAAUCUCAUCCUUAAUUCAUCUUUUAGCAACAUACUUUCCUCCAACCAUAUUAUCUUCAAUCUGGGUUUUGAAUUUGUGUACCUGAUGGAAAGCAGUGCUGAAUCUCAACCAGAAGUUAACAUUCUCAUCAAGAAUCAUAUCCAUGGCGGAAAAAGCUUGAGCUUCUUCAUCAAUGGUGGUCUUGCUCUCAUCUUCAUGAGGAACAUGAAGAAAUGUUUGAAAAGGUCUUCUAGAAAGUUUUUGUAGAAAAAGAGAAUAUGGAAUAAAUUGUUUUUAAUUGUAUAUCGAUGUUUCCAAAUGAAACUAGAACAUGGCAUUGGCAAAACAGUUCAAUGACUUAUUUUCAAGUACAAUUUUUUGAAGUACCAAUAAGCCAGAAAGUGGAUAAGCGCAUGUUGGAAAGUGGCAAAACAGUUCAAUGACUUAAAAUCAACAUAUAUGGAUACAUUUGUGAAAUUAAAUAAGAAACUCACUUUGGAGCAUUUUUUUUUUUGGU